GUCAUUUCACAAAACGGUGGAUGUUUCCUGGUUCAUGGUUAAUGACACAUUUAUUUUAUAUCGAAAAUAUAUAAAAUAACGAUUUACAACAGAUAAAUAUUUGGCGUCACAGUCGUCCCGUGAGUUGGUACCAAACCAUGCUCGAUAGAUACACAACGUGAUAUCUUCGAAAACAACAUCAACGAGCUAGGCCUGGUAUGGAGCCUGGCAUGGAGGCAAUGGAGGACGAUAUCUGCAUCCUGAAGCAUGAGACUGCAUAUGGUGGAGCAGGGGAGAGCCCCGUGUCUGUAUGUGCGGGGGAUGAGUCUGUGGCCUCCCACUUUGCCCUGGUCACGGCAUACGAGGACAUUAAGAAGAGGCUGAGGGACACGGAGAGAGAGAACACACUGCUGAGGAAGAGAGUCAAACAACUGGAGGAUAAGCUGUUCAGGCCUGAAGCCCCUUCCCCUGAAGGACCCCAGUAUGUCAACAAGGCCUUCAGUGCCUACCGUGGCAUCUACAUCCAGAAGGAGGACCUGCAACUGGAGCUUCAUAAACUGAAGAGGGAGAAGAGUGAGUCUGAGAGGCGCCUGAAUGAGCAGCUGCAGGCCAAAGAGAUGGAGCUGCUGCAGUUAAAGACAGAGAUGGAGACCAGCCAAGUGAUGAAGUCUCUAACCAGUACUCAGGACGACUGGCAGGUGGACAGGGUCAACAGUGAACUGAAGAUCCACACUCUGCAGGAGGAGUUGGAGAGGAUGACUCGGGAGAAGAACCGACUGCAGGAGCAUUGUGGGGAUUCUUCUGGAACUGACUGUGACCAGAAUCACGUGGAGUCUAACCCCAGCGCUGUGACUGUUCUACAGUCGUAUGAGGCCCUGGCCACUGAGAUCUCAACUCUACACUCGGUGUUGAAACAACAGUCUGACCUGGUGAAGAAGCUCGGUGACAAACCACAGCUAGCAGCUAACAGACGAGCUGCCUCAACUGUCCCUGUCCAGUGCCUGGACGAUGUGGAGAAGAACCUGAACCAUCGAACAGUCCGCAUCUCCGUUCCCCGUCCCCCUAGUGCCCCCCCUGUCCCCUCCAGCUCUGGCCGGCCCUGCCUGCCCCCCGUGGGCCCCCCGGCUCUGGAGGGUCUCAGGGAGGACUACUGGCAGAACGGUCCCUGGUCCAGCCACUACCCUGGAGCCCUGGGUCUGGGCAGUACCAGCCCUGUCCUCCUGCCUCCUCCUCCUCUCAACCAGGCCUCUCUGGAUGACUCCUCCUGGUCAUUUCCCUCCCCACCCAAACCCAGCGACGCCCUCUUCUGGGAGGGGCCACGGGCAGGGUCUGAGCCAGGGCAGCCCAAUCCACUCCUCUAGGGGCAGUACCCCCAUGAGCCCUAAUGGAGACUGGGCCAAGCCCCCACCCUACUGAGGAUGGAGACCCCCCCCUGGCUCCAAGCCUGCCCUGCCGUGCAACACCCAACCUGCCUUAAGAUGAGGAGACGACUCUGGACCCUCCAGCCGUGGGGAACUAGCUACAGGAGGAUUCAACUAGCCACAGAGCAACCACGGGAGAGGCUUCUGAAGGGGCCACCCUCUGACCCGAUAAGGGUCCACCCUGACCCAGCCCAGACACACUGAUGCCUCCCCCUCCCUUGGGGUCUGGUGGCAGAGAAAGGAAGUUUCAUACAUCCACGAGGGAAAGAUGAUGGUAGACUCUGGACAGCGAGAUUAUGGCUGUGUGUGUAUCCACACUGGUAUUUACUAGAGCUCAAAGCUGUGGUGAACUGAUCCACGGUCAGACUGGUUUUGCAAACUGGUUUUCAAUUGUAGCCACCCUAAUGUGAGUUAUUUUACAUGUUCCUAUAGUCAAGUAUUAUAAAGGUAAAUAGUCACUCCCUACGUUAUCUCACCAUAAUACUGUAAAGGUUAUAGUGUGUCUGUAACAGAUAAUGGCGUAUAUACCCCCAGUAGCACCGAAAGCUGUUAUUAUCACACCACACAAGGUACAAAACCCCACACACCUUGCUUUGUCCUAAACCUCAAAACAAGACACAUUUUAACUUAGCUAAUCUGUCAGUUGUUUUAGAAACUGAUGGCUAAUUUGUAUAGUAUUUGUUUUACAACUUAUUAUGGCAAAACAAGCAUUGGAGAAAUCCCCUGAAAUAUAAAGGCCUUUUAACCCAGUACUGCCCCCUACAAGUUCUGGAGAGCUUACAGGCCAAAUCCACACCCGGUAUCUUCACGUCAAAAGCGAUCUUUAUUUUCUAUAUCACGCACCCUCUUUUCCAGUGAUUUUAUGGUUCAGCUAUUCUGCUUUGAAGUCAAUGGAAGUAGGGCUUGUCUUUUACACCGAAACCAUGUCAAUACAAUAAUCUAUAUGUAUAUUAAAGAGGUGUUAUGUUAUGGGAAGCACUUUUAAUCAUAUGAGAGUUGGGGUUCAGUAGCAGUACAGUCUUGUUUCUAGCUGGCCAGUGGCCCGUGUCCCAAAUCACACCCUAUUCUCUGUAUACAGUGCCUUUGGAAAGUAUUCCGACCCCUUGACUUUUUCCAGA